AUGCAUCAUCAAGAUCAUUAGCUUUCUUAUCAUUGAUUACUAAGACUUCUUUCUCUACAGUUCCAAACUAGAAAAUGGGGCUAAAUUGGGAGUACCCUCUACUCUCUCCUCUUUUCUUCCUAAUUUUCUUGAUUACAUGGUUCUUUUUCCCUUCAUCAUCGAAACACCAAGAUAAGCUUUUACCCUCUCCUCCGAAGUUCCCAAUUAUCGGAAAUCUCCUUCAACUUGGCUCGUUUCCCCACCGUUCUCUACAAUCAUUUUCCCAAAAAUAUGGUCCUCAUCUUAUGUUGCUUCACUUUGGUAGCAAACCAGUUGUGGUGGCCUCUUCCGCUGAAGCAGCUUCCGAGAUCAUGAAAACCCACGAUGCGAUUCUCGCAGAUAGACCAAAAACAAUAGCUCAGAAACUGUUCUACAACUCAAAGGACGUCGCCUUUACGCACUACGGCGAGUACUGGAGGCAAAUGAGGAGCAUAUGUGUUCUUCAACUUCUUAGCAAUCAAAGGGUUCAGUCAUUCCGAAGUGUCAGGGAAGAAGAAAUCGCGUUGAUGAUAGAAAAGAUAAAGCAAAGCUGUCAUGAUGAUCCUAAUGAUAAUUCAUCAUCAAGCAAGCUGAUAAAUCUGAGUGAAAUGUUGGCUACUCUUACAAAUGAUAUAGUGUGUAGGGUUGCUUUAGGGAGGAAAUUUGGAGAUGAGGAAAGUGGAAAGAAGGCUAAGAUUAUCUUGAAGGAAUUUAUACAAAUAUUGGGGGAUUUUGAUAUAGGAUUUUUCAUUCCUUGGUUAUCAUGGAUUAAUCGUUUGAAUGGCUUGAAUGCUAAAGUUGACAGAAUCAUUAAAUCCAUCGAUACUUUUAUAGAAGGGGUGAUUGAAGAGCAUGAGAACAAGGCUACAAGUUGUGAUCAGAAAAGAGAUUCGGAUUUUGUGGAUAUUUUGCUUGAAACUCAAAGGGAAAACCUGACUGGAUUUCGUAUCGAGCGAGAUUCUGUGAAAGCUCUCAUCUUGGACAUGUUUGCUGGUGGAACUGAUACAACACUGGCACUCUUGGAGUGGAUGAUGGCAGAACUUUUAAAGCACCCCAAAAUCCUAGAAACUUUGCAAACUGAGGUUAGAAACAUUUCUCGAGGAAAACCCGACAUCACGGAGGAAGAUCUAGACAAAAUGCCCUAUCUAAAGGCAGUGAUAAAGGAAACUUUACGACUUCAUCCUCCGGUUACCUUACUUGUUCGACAAUCAAUCGAACAUGUAAAACUAUUGGGCUAUGACAUUCCUGCAGGCACACAAGUCAUAGUGAAUAUUUGGGCAAUCCAAAGAGACCCAAACUUGUGGGAGUAUCCUGAGGAAUUUCGGCCAGAGAGGUUCUUGAAUUCGAAGAUUGAUUUUCGGGGGUUUAAUUUUGAAUUGAUCCCUUUUGGAGCGGGAAGAAGAGGUUGUCCUGGAAUUAAUUCUGCUAUGGCUACUAACGAACUUGCAUUGGCCAAACUUGUGCAUGAAUUCGACUUUUCGUUGCCCACUGGUAUCACGCCGGAAGAUUUGGACAUGUCAGAAGUAAACGGCAUUGCUGUUCAUAAGAAGGUUCCUCUCCAUGCAGUUGUAACUCUUGCACGUUGAUGAUUGAAACGGAAGUUCUUCCAAUUAAUUUAUGUUACCUUCUACUUUAUCCUUUUGUUAAUGUCUUGCCAAUAUCUUUGGUAUAGACUUUGAUGCUGUUUGAGUUUUAAGGUCCUGAAAACCUUGCAUGAAUUAGACCUAUUUGCUUUCUUCAAGUGUUUAAAAGAAUCUACUCAUCGAACUUAAGAUAUAUUUCAACUUUAUGUAAAGAUACAUGUUUUUUUUUUUUUUUGGAGAAAACUUUAUGUAUAUUGGUUAGCUUGAAAUAACAAGGGAUGAUCUUAAGAUUUAG